AUGUCCCGAGGAGGGAGCGCCAACCCGGCUGCCGCCUCCACCUCGGCCUCAGUCCGGAAUCGCUCUGAACAGCCGCCCCGCAGUUUCGCCAACGAGCAGUUCCUGUCCAUUGGCCGCGAGUUGACCCGCUCGAGCGAAGGGGCCGACCCCUCCUGGCAGCUCAUGGCACAGUCCAUGGGCUUCAACAUCUACCGCCACCGAGAAGAGAAAUCAGGACUAUAUGAGUAUAAAAUCUACGGAACGCUUGAAAAUUGUCCCCCUGACCUGUGCGCUGAUGUUUAUAUGGAUUUACACUACAGAAUAAAAUGGGAUGAGUUUCUUAAAGAGCUACAUGAAGACACGCGUGAUGGCAGAACAGUGAUUCACUGGGAAGUGAAGUUCCCUUUCCCCUUGACAAACAGAGAUUAUGUUUUUAUUCAUGAGCGUCAAGAUAUGGAAGUUGAUGGACAGAAGCUCUAUGUCAUAUUGGCUAAAAGUGCCAGUUCUCCUAAAUUCCCAGAAAAGAAUGGGAUUGUUAGGGUAAAGAAUUAUAGACAAAGUGUGGCCUUUCAAAGUGAUGGCAAGAAAGGGUCCAAAGUUUUCAUGUCCUACUUUGAUGAUCCUGGUGGCAAGCUUCCUUCCUGGCUUGUCAACUGGGCAACCAAGACUGGAGUGCCUAAUUUCUUAAGAAGCAUGCAAAAAGCAUGCCUUACUUAUCGCAAGAGGAAAACUUCUUCCUGAAUUCAAACCAAACAGAGAGU